AGAGCGCAGCGCCGGCACAGGAAGGCAGCCAGGGGGGAGGAAGGAACAGCUCGCGACUCCUCGCAGCUCGCGACGGCCAGUUCGCGCGGUGAUCCGUCUCGCCCGGGGUGUGCCGCCGCGCCGCGGCUGCCGCGUAAGUCAGCUGCCGCUCUCGCCGCCCCGCGAGCCCGCUUCCGCUUGAUCCUGCGACGGUGCGACCCUGUUUUCCCUCGUUCCAGGUGGGAUAGCCUCCGUUUCAUCGCUGAAGUUAGUAAGUGCUCUGAUCCACCGGGGCCCACCGUGGUACAUCGAUGUGAUCUCUGUGAGCGUCAGUGGCAAUUCGCACAUUCAGAAAGAACCGCUGUUCUCAGGGAAUUAUCUCGGUUUAUAUGAAAAGAACCUCGUAAUGUUUGAAUUUGUCCAGCCAACUCUUUCCCUUUUGUACCACUUAUGUACAAUUGUAGUUGAGAGAAACAGUUUUUUUUCUUCUUCUCGAACAUGCGUAUCAUUAUAUUAAGAAGGAAGCUGAAAGAAAUAGCGGUGUACCUAACAUCUUUCAAGUGAGAUGUUCAUGAACAUCGAAUUUUUCAUCCAUUUCAAAGCAAUUUUCCAUGUUAUCUGUUCUAAUCUUAGGAAGUCUCAUUCACCAGUCAGCUUUGUUUGGUUCAUAAUCAAAAUAAUAUUACCCCUAAUCUUUCUUUUAAUCUGGCAAAUAACAGCAUAUUUAAAAUGUAUCAAGACAAAUACCAUCUAUGCAGAAUUAUCCAUAUUGCACACAUAUUUCUUAAUUAAGUACAUGUGCCAUCAGCAUUUUCUUUGUUUUUUUCUUGUCUUAACAAUUAUAUUUUACCUUUGUAGAGCACAUUUAAUUGUCCUAAGCUGGAGUGUACAAUGGCAGCAGGAGCCACAUUAAACUGGGUUAAAACCCCAUUUGACUCCCGGAGAUUUCAUGACCUAUCUAGUUUAAGUUUUCGAUGCCGUAACCCUUUUGGAUCAAUUCAGCACUGCUGGUUGCCAACUAAUCAGGACUCAUCCCUAACCAAGGUUCGUGUGGCUGCUGAUUAUUCAGACUCAGUGCCAGAUUCGAAGUACACAAGGGAUCGAGGUUAUCAUCCUCUUGAAGAAGUUAAAGAGCGUCCAACGAAGAAGGACCUGCUACUGACAGAUGUCGAAACAGCUAGAACAGUAGUAGAGGCCAAUAGCAAGGGAUUGCUUGUAUUUCCUGCAAGGGUGCACAAUCAACCUCAUGGACAUGUUGCCUGGUCUGAGUUUCAAUAUGUUAUUGAUGACUAUGGAGACAUAUUCUUUGAAGUACCUGAUAGCGAGAACCUCUUGGAGGAUGAUACCGCAAACAAUCCUGUGACAGUUUUGUUUGGAAUGGACGGACCAAUUAUUGGGGAAAGUAGUGUGGCGAUUACUGAUUUCAGUGAUUACAUGGAUGGUGAAAAUUUUAUGGACGUUCCUGAUGAGAACUACAGCAAGAUUGAUACAGAAAUAACUGAUAUUCUUAUAGAAUGGGGGAUGCCAGCAACAAUGCGUGCAAUACAUCCUGUUUACUUUGCCAAAUGUUUGACAAAGGCUGUUCAUGAAAAUCAUGGGGAGAAGAUGGAUAGUCCAUCAAAUGGUGUCUCUAUUGUAGGAUAUCUGAGACCUGCUUUUAUAGGGGAAGAAUCUUACUUGAGGAGCUUGUUUCAUGGGGAACACAACAGUGAUGGUUAUUCAUCUGACUGGAAAGUAAAUGAAACAGAUGAAUACAACAGAGAAACUCAGUCAAUUUCUGGAACCGACCGCCUAGUUGGUAAUUUAAUCGAUGAUGAUAAGUCAAGAUCUGACUUCAGUGAUACCAGAACUAGCACUGAUUCAAUGAUCUACAAGCUGGAGAUAAUGACAAUUGAGCUGUUUUCCGUCUAUGGCAAGCAGUUGAUGAUUGAUCCACGAGAUUUUCAAGAUUCAGAACCAGAUAUUCUUGCAAACUCUGCUUCAGCUAUUAUAGAACGGAUCAAAGAAAGCAGUGAUCAGUGUGCAGUGGCUCUCAGGUCACUCUGUCUCAGAAAAAAGAGUCUUACUGUCGAGGAGGCAUGCUUGAUUGGCGUUGACAGUCUUGGUAUUGAUGUAAGAGCCUUUUCUGGCUUGGAAGCUAGGACUGUUCGAUUUUCAUUUAAUGCUCAGGCGCUCUCAGAACGUUCAGCUGAAAAGAAGAUCAGGCGAAUGCUUUUCCCUCGUUAUCAGCGUAAAAGUGUGAAAACCUCCACUGAAGAUGAGUCUUAACCUAUCAGCUGAGUCCCCCCACCCCCCCGGAAAGCACCUGAAUGCCUGGUCCGGCGACAAGGGUGUCAAGGGAAUCAACAAAAGAUCUUUCAUUUGAUCAUAUGCGAGUUUGCUAGGAUAGCGCACAACCUGUCGACUAUGAGAGUGAGCUGAAGCAUCAGGGUACAUGAUUGAGGUUUUGACUUCACUGGUGCAGGAAGGUUGGCCAUGUACGGUUUCUAACAUGCCACCAGGUCCAAGGAUCCAAGGGUAGAGUUUGGUUUCUGACAAAUAAGAUUACAAAUAAGGUGGCAGUUCUUGUAAUAGAUGCACUGCAAUCUGAAUAGCUGAUCCCUGCAGAAAUCUGCAACCGAUUAGCUGACCAAGCUUUGUCAGCUGUAAAUUCCCAGCAAUAACGAGCUGCAAGAAGAAAGCGCAGAGUAAUAAGAUCUCUUUGGCCUGAACCAGUUCCUUUUUUCCCAUAAAAAAAGAUAUCUUGUAUUCAAAUAAGUUCUUUUUACCCCAACUUGUAACUAACUUUGCUGUCGUCUCUUUCAUGCCUGAAUAAAUGUAAGGCAACUGUGAUUAUGUGUCGUUCACCUACAGCAAUGAAAAAAAUGAUAAAGCUGGUGCCUUUUCUU